AUGACUUCUUCACACCACAUUGUUCUUGUUGUGUUCUUCACACUCUUUAACUUCUGUUUAUGCAUAAAUUCGUUUAAUAAUAUAACUUUAGCUGGAUUCGCACCUGCAACUGCAACAUGGUACGAUCCACCCAAUGGACGUGGAACUGAUACUGGAGCUUGUGGAUUUGGAAAUGUAGGCAAUCCUCCAUACAACUCCUUAAUAGCUGCAGGAAAUCAAGCUUUAUACCAACAUGGCAAAGGCUGUGGACAAUGUUACGAGGUAUAUAAAGUAGAUGAUAUUUUAAUAAUUCUCAUGGGAACCAAUUGUACAUUUCUGGUAAAAUGCAACUCAAAUCCUCAGUGUUCAGGAAAUCCAAUAAAAAUUCAUAUUACAGAUGAAUGUCCCAGUGAUUGCAACAGUGUGCCGGUUUGGUUUGACUUGAGUGGAAUCGCUUUUGGUGCAUUGGCAAAGUCGGGCCAAGCUGAUGCAUUGCGUAAUGCUGGAAAGAUUAAAAUUUCAUAA